AUGGAACAAGACUGGACUCCUAGAUUUGAGCUCGAAGGUGCUACCGUUCGUAGAAACGAGAUGAAAUUCAAAAAGCCGCUGUAUGAGGACGGCGUAGGCUCUGCUAUUUAUCUUGCCUCCAUCCGAGGAAAAGAAUUUGUGCUGAGCCUUGUAAAAUACUCCAUAUCUCUUUACGCUAUUACUGAUUAUUACCUGAAUACGGCAUAUACUUAUACAAAUGAUAGGAUGGCCUACCAUGCAAGAAAGAGUUCAAGGCCUUCAAGAGACCUAAAGCCCGGGGUCUUUGCGAAAAGGGUUAUAUCCCACAAUGUCAUGGAAUGA